AUGGUGGAUAAUAAAACUGUUCCUCCCAAAGUCCGUCUGGAGACCAGACCUCCUUCCCCUGUCCAGCUGAACGCCACUGUGACGGUCACUUGCCAUGCAGAAAGUUUCUAUCCAGAUGAUGCCAAAGUGGACUUGUUUUGCAAGAGUACCAGCAGUAAAGGAAAGAUUACUGCGACAACUUUGAAUUCCGAUGGGACCUACUCCCGCAACAGUUCCAUGAAGUUCACGGCCACCGAAAAGUGGAAUUCAACGCUCUUCACUUGUCUCGUCGAACAUAACUCACAAGAAGCAAUCAAGGCAACGGCAAGACUGUUUAUUAGGACAGAAAUUCCUCCCAAAGUCCGUCUGGAGACCAGACCUCCUUCCCCCGUCCAGCUGAACGCCACUGUGAUGGUCACUUGCCACGCAGAAAGUUUCUAUCCAGAUGGUGCCAAAGUGGACUUGUUUUGCAAGAGUACCAGCGGUAAAGGAAAGAUUACUGCAACAACUUUGAAUUCUGAUGGGACCUACUCCCGCAACAGUUCCAUGAAGUUCACGGCCACCGAAAAAUGGAAUUCAUCGCUCUUCACUUGUCUGGUCAAACAUAACUCGAAAGCAGCAAUCAAGGCGACGGCAAGACUGUUUAUUAGGACAGAAAGCUCACAGCAACAAUCCAUGUUAGGUCUUUAUCUGGGCCUCUUCUUGAACAAAAUAGGACUCUUUUUUUUCUUCAUGGGUCUUUUCAAAAUAAAGGUGUGUGGAUGCUGCGUUGCAAGACAUUUUGCCCCGUCUUCCCAAGGCUGAAAGUGCGACUUAAGAACGGUUCCCGACAACAUUCUGGAUGAGAGAAGAUCUGCCAGGGAAUCAAUUAACAAUUGUUAUUUUUUUGUUUAAAAAAAU